ACUAGUGUAGAUACAAAAGAGAAGCCAUUUCAAUGUUCUCAAUGCCCCAAAGCAUUUACCAGAAAAGAUUUGCUCUCGCGGCACGAUCGACUCUCCCACCACUCUGGGACUGCAUCACAGUCUUCGUCCUCCACUACACUUCCCGUAGCCUACUCUUCUCAACAGCCGCCGAUAUCUAUCAAUGUGCUGCUGGAUCCUACAACAGAACACUCAAGCAGACAAUCAGACGGCCAUGUUACACAAGGUAGCUCUAUGAGUCAGCCGCUGGGUUUUCCAAUUGAAGAUACAGCUGUCGAUUAUUUUACAAUUGGUUCCAUGGAUGAUUUCACAUCUUUUAUGGAUAGCGUCUCCGUCCCCACGCAUCCAUUCUCUCCGACUUACCAACCUGUGCCAUUGUUUUUUUCAGCAUCUGACCCAUCUUCUACCAAUGCUUUAAACGAAGAUAUAGCAGGCAAUGCUACAUGGAGAAAUACAGCAUCGAGGCAACUCUUUAGGCUUCCUCCACUACAAUCUGAUGAUGAGCUGGCCAAUCCAUGCCCUCAAGAUCAACAUGAUCUCCAUAUGCAUAUAUCUACCGACUGUCGGCAACGUAUCAUCAAUGACUUGGAUGGGUUUUCCAAUUAUAUCGACAAAAACUUUGCCUUACCAUCACGACACGUAUUAUCGAGAUUUUUCGGAGGUUAUUUUAAUACCUUCCACGAUCACUUCCCGUUCAUUCAUAUUCCAACUCUCAGGCCUGAAAAUAUUAGGGCGGAGCUAUUUCUUGCCAUGGCUGCUGUUGGAGCUCGCUAUACUCACGAGUUGGAAAUAAGUAUUGACUUAUUUCAUAUGGCAAAAGUCUUGGUACUCGAACGCCUUCGGAGACACAGAGCUGCAAAUCCUAUCGAGACGGGUCUGUCCAAAGACAGCCAGCAAAAUAUUAUCCAGACGGUUGAGGCGAUGCUUUUAUUAGUUGCAAUUACUACCUGGUCUGAGCCUGGCACUACAUCUGAUGCUUUGUCGAUGCGCAGUAUGCUAGACUGUCUUAUACGGGAAGAGGGAGCUCUUCGUAUUCGUCAAACACGAAAUUCUGAUGAUUGGGAAAGUUGGAUUUACUAUGAAAAUAUUAAGAGGGUCAUUUUUGUUGCAUAUUGCUUCAUUAAUAUGCAUACCAUAGUAUUCGACAUACCACCUUUGAUGUGGGCAAAGGAAAUUAAUUUCGAGCUUCCUUGUCGCGAAAAGGAGUGGAGGGCCAGGAAUGAGGAGGAGUGGAAGCAAGCAUACGGCCAUGGAGGCCAACCGGCUCAAAACUUUCGGGAGACUUUUGCGAGUCUUUUCGCUAGCACAAAUGAGACGGAUGAUAAGUCAAAGACAAAUCAAACGAGCUUCUCGUCUUUGGGCGGAUGUGUCUUGAUGCAUGCGCUGAUUCAACAAAUCUGGCUGGCCAGAAAUUCUGGAUUACCUCUUCAGCAGCCAGAGAACAGCCUUUCGACAGAACAGAUUGGUGCUUUUGAGAAUGCACUAAGAACUUGGGCGAUAUACUGGGAGCAGAAUCAAGAAUCUUCCAUGGAUCCCUUGAGCCCUCACGGCCCUAUUGCAUUUACCUCUACGGCUCUUAUGAGGCUAGCCUAUAUUCGACUCAACAUGAAUCUCGGCCCUAUACGUUGUUUAAGUAGUUGGGAUCCGCAUUUGAUCGCGCAGUCGCUUCACGCGAGCCCCCCAGUCCAGCGUAGCGAGAGACUCACUCGGGCUGCUCUUCAUUGUGCACAGGCUCUGAGUAUUCCAGUCAAGUUAGGUAUAAACCAUAUCGCGGAGACACAAGUUAGGUUCUGGUCAAAUCAGCAUGCCUUGUGUUCUUUGGAGUGCGCUUUAUUGCUCGCAAAGUGGCUUGAAUCAGUUGUCGUAGAUGAUCCCAACCCACCACUGACACAAGCAGAGGAGCGACUUUUGGACUUUGUAGUCCAGCUCAUCGCUGAAGCUGAAUACAAAGUUCAAUGCGAAAAGAUAUGGGAAAGAAAAAUGUCACUCAAUGCGCAGACUGUACGGCUCUGGGCAAGGCUAUAUCAAUCCAAAAGCGUCUGGGAGGUGGUUGGUUUGAUUGGAGCGUCAUUGAGCAUAUAUGCAGACAUACUGGAGCAAAAAUGCUCAUAA